UAAAUCAAUCCCUCAUAGUAAAAACUCAGAACACUAUCGCCGUCGUACGCGCUCGCCGGGAUAACGAUUUCUCCCUAAACCGACGAGAAGAAGAACAUUUCAAAUAACAUAACCUGUCGCGCGCAGGCAGAGUCACGCGCGCUGUCCGCCGGUGGAGCGCGAGCAGCCAGCCGCGCGGGGUUUAAACUGUUCUGGACGGAACAGUUGGUUUUUCUCCCCGGUCGGCGAGAGCGAACUAACGGGGGGGGAAAAAAAACACACCGGGAUUACGAAGAGUUCACGAACAACAAGCGCGUGAAGAAUUGCGUGGCGCUCGCCAGCCGCUUUCUCCUCCGUUUCCUUGAAGGGGGAAGACUGCGCGCGGGGAUAAUGGAGUGGCUGUCCCCGUCCUGUCUCCCUAUCGUCGUCCUCUUGAUGCACUGUUCCCUCUGUUUGGCCGUUACCGUGACGACCACCCGGCACAAGGUGGAGGUCCGUGAGUUUGCAGACGCCGAGCUGUCCUGUCAGUUCAACACGGAGCGGGAGAACAACCCGCGCAUCGAGUGGAAGAAGAAGGGCCAGGACGUCUCCUUCGUCUACUACGACGGGCACUUCAAAGGGCCGUUCGAGGGCCGGGCGACGAUCCAGGGCGCCACGGUGACACUGCGUAGGGUGACCCAGAAGGACGCCGGGGAGUACCGCUGUGAGAUCAGCGCGCCGAUGGACUCGGUCAGCCUGGCCGAGACCAACAUCACGCUCAGGGUCCUGGUGCCCCCCCACACCCCGCACUGCGAGAUCCCCAGCUCGGCCGUGACGGGCUCUGUGGUGCAGCUGCGCUGUAGGGACCACCAGAGCAUCCCUCCGGCCACCUACUCCUGGUACAAGGACAAGCAGCAGCUGCACCCCGCCCGCAACGCCAACGCCUCCUACCUGAUCGACAAGCACAACGGCAUGCUGGAGUUCAAAGCGGUGUCCAAGGACGACUCGGGUCAGUACAGUUGUCUGGCGUCCAACGGCGUCGGCACGCCUAAGAUGUGCGACGGAAACCACAUGAGCAUAGAAGAUGUGAGCGUGGUGGCGGUGGUGGCGGCCGUGGUGGUGUGUCUGAUGCUGGUGGCGGUCGCCUGCGGGGUCGUGCUUCUCCGCCGCAACGGCUUCUUCAGCCGCCACAGAGGAAGGUCGUUUUGGAUCUCGGAGUGUCACGACACACCCCACAUUAGCAGCCAGAACCUGCACAGAACCGAAGACACGUCCAAUGUCAAUUACGUGCCUCCGCCUCAAGAAGUCCAGCCGCAGGAUUUCAAACACACCCAGUCGUUCAUGCUGUGAGAAGCGGGCCUUCCACCGGACAACACGCACUGUCCCCCAGUAAGGUGCCAACACUCGACUCCUUCCAUGCCGACUCACAUCUCCCAUCAUAACUUGUGACUCCCGACUUAUGACGACUUUCUUCCGUUCUGUCGAUAUCAUGGUCUUUUUUGUGACUGGUUUAUACGAUUGGUAAAAAGGGUUGAGCAAUACCGCUUAUUUUUCUUGUUUUCUUUUGUCGUUGAGUAAACGAUAGCGCUCUGCUUCCCCCUGGUGGUUCAAUGUUGAAACUACACUUCCAAUGCGCAGCCACUUACAUUGGCCUCCAUGACAGGAAUAUAUUAAAUAUAUCCUUCCUUCCCCACCUAGUAGGAUAACUACCAACUAUUUUUAUUUUCUUAACCAAAGACGACAUGUAGCUCAGCAUAAUUAUCGAACUCGUAUACAAGGGAAGUCUUCAUAGGUGUAUUUUCACCACAAAGCCAUAGUUAGGAAAAAAAGGCCAUUUCCAUUGUAAAAAUGGAUUUCACCUCUGAUAGCAAAGAGCCGGUUACCUCAGACUACAGUAGACCUACAUGGCUUACACCAAUACACCCCCCCCCCCCCAUCGUAACAAUGGAGAUCUGUCUCCACUUACAACAAAAUGGCUGGCGGCCUUUAGCCAGCCAUGGAGUGAAUGAGGUUUAGAAACCUGACAGGAAACCAAGCCCUACGGAAACCCCUUUCAAAACAAAAGCCCCGUCCCGGAGUGCCUGCAUGGUCUUUUUCUUCAAGUAAAAAUACCUUGUGCCUUUUUUUAAUUUGUCUGCCGUAUUUAUCUCUGGAAAUCAGUUUUUUACGUGGAGAAUUUGCCUUACUUUUUCUUGUCUAUUUUUGUGCCACUGUGUUGUAUCAUGUCGGAGUGUAUGUUUUUGAAAACAAGGUGAGAGAGUGAGUUACUGACGUGAGGUGUAGCAGCUGUGCCAGUAAUAAAUACGUUUUCUAUCAAAACAUAACUCCCAUGUGGUGUUUUUGCGUCUUUCUCAUUGCUUUAUGUCAAAGCCAACAAUAAUAGAAAUACUGUAACGUCAUUUAUUGAGGGUGCGGAUGCACAUUAUUGUUCGUUCCAGGCUUAGAGAUUCCUCCUGCAGUCACAAACUAAUCCGUGUGUCCAGCACCUCUCCAAGCAAUAACGACUGGUUUCAGUUCAACACCGUUUAUUAAAUACAACAUAUGGGUGACUUAGACACACAACGUAGAUAGAUUUACUUGGCCACUUCGUCGUAUUUGGGAUCUGUAAGAGAAGACAGAAAUACAAACGUGAGGUUACAUUUAUAUUUAGGGCGUUGAGCCGACGCCUCUAUCCAAAGCGACAAUUACAAUAAGUUGCUUUGGAUAAGUGUUUAUCAGCCUACUUCUAUCCCUCGCCAACUCUUACGUGGCAUCAAAGUACGCAAUGGGGGAUUAUCUCAGGCGGUAGAGCAGGUUGGCUGGUAGCCUGAAGGUUGCUACUUCGAUCCCCGUCUUCUGCUAUCUGAGGUGAGGUGUCCCUAAGUGACACAUCUUAUCCUAACUGCUUCCGACGAGCUGGCUGUCAUCUUGCAUGGCUGACUCCGCCGUCGGUGUGUGUUGUGAAUGUUAGGCAAUAUAUGAAAAGGUAAAGGUAAAUUGCUUUGGGUAAAAGUUUGAGGUUUUACCUAAAAGGUUGAGACGAGAUAAAAAGAUAUAAAAAAAAACUGCAUACGAUAAGUCUGUAUCGUUGUUGCGUUCCUUAAACUCAAAGCCUGCCAUGAUAAGACGCUAUGAUUUAUAGCCGAUCGCGUCGUUGCCUGAACUGAACAAAGAAGCUUGGCUCGCUCUUGAUAGUCUGUGAUUUAAGUCUAUUUAUAGAGCGGGCCCUAGAGAAAAGUACCAGUCAUUGUUAGAGAAGAAAACCUUCAGCAGAACAGGAAAAUGGCCGCCCUGAUACUUUGUGAAACUGAAGGUACAAUUU